CACAGCCAAAGUAGACCAAGUUUUAUCUUGUUCUUGUGUUCAUCUUUUAUAAUGACUACAAGAAACCCUCUUCCUUCACCAUAAAAAAAUAAAAAAAGGAGAAUUUUCUGGGUUUUGUCUUUCUAUAGUCACUACAAAACUCAUCUUUUCGCUGUUACAAUUUUAUCUCUUUCUAAGCAAGAGAAGAAUAUUAAGUGAGAAAGAAACAAAGAGUUUUUGGCAAGAAAAAAAAGACAAAGACAACAUAUAUAAAUAUAUAUAUAUAUAUAUAUAUAUAUAUAUAUUAAAAAAAACAAGUGUCUUUUGUAUUUUAUCUUUUUGUUGGCUCCAAAAAUGUCAAUUAUCACAGGUUGUGAAGAUCAUGGUGGUAGAAGCAGCUUUUCUUCAGGGAAUUUUGGUAGAGAAUCAGGAGCAGGAGUUGAAAAAGAAGAAGUUCUGGAAAACUUGAAUAAUAAUAAUAACAAUAAUGGUUCUAACUCUUUUUCUUCAACCACAACCAGCAAUGGCUCUUCCACUCAUCAAGUCCUUGAACAACCUUCCCCACUAGCUAAUAAGAAGAAGAGAAACCCUCCAGGAAACCCAGAUCCAAGUGCGGAGGUAAUAGCCUUGUCACCAAACACUUUACUAGCGAGAAACCGAUUUGUGUGUGAAAUUUGCAACAAAGGGUUUCAGAGAGACCAGAAUCUGCAGCUUCACAGGCGAGGUCACAACUUGCCAUGGAAGCUUCGGCAGAGAAGUCCGAACGAGGUAAUCCGAAAACGGGUCUACAUCUGCCCGGAAACAUCGUGUGUCCACCACAACCCGACCCGGGCUCUCGGGGACUUGACUGGGAUCAAAAAACACUUCUGUAGAAAGCAUGGUGAGAAGAAAUGGAAGUGUGAAAAAUGCUCUAAGAAAUAUGCUGUUCAGUCUGAUUGGAAAGCCCAUUCUAAGACUUGUGGUACUAGAGAGUACAAAUGCGAGUGUGGAACUAUCUUCUCCAGGAGAGAUAGCUUUAUAACACAUAGAGCUUUCUGCGAUGCCAUAGCUGAAGAAAACAACAAAACGACAACUAAUACUCUUCAACGACAGAAUAUUAAUAUGUCGUCGUCCAACCAGCCUGAGCUCAUGUCUUCAAUAAUAUCAUCAACCAUCAACGAAGAAAACGAGCUUAAGUACGCCAUCCCACAACCAGAAACGACAUCACCAUCGGAUCAUCAUCAUCAUAAUCAUCAAUUCAAGCACAUGAUUAUGAUGAAUAUGAAAACCCCAUUAAUCCUAGACCAUCAUCAAUCCUUGAACAACAACAACAACAACAACAUGGCUGCCGGAACCUUCUUCUCCGCAAGACCGACGACCCUCAACAAUAAUAUGAUUCCUCCUCCUCCUAUUCCUACUACUACUACUGCUAGUACUAUUAAUACCAACAUUUCAUCAUCACCUCCACUGUCGUUUGAUCAUAACGACCACCAUUUUGGCGGCGGAGGAGGCGGAGGAGAGUUUUACUUAUCAGCCACUGCCUUGUUGCAGAAGGCAGCCCAAAUGGGAGCAACCACGGUAAGCUCCGCUAGCUCGGCCAUGGCUCCCUCCAUCUAUGCUACUACUAAUUUGGAUCAUGACCAAUUAUUCAUCGAUAAUAAUAACAAUAGUAAUAAUAACAAGAAUAAUGUAGGCCUUUUUAGUGGACUACUUUGUGGUGUUGAUGGUGGUGGUGGUGGUGAUAGUAUUAGUAGUAGUACAUUUCUGAAAGAGAUGGAGCUGAGUAUGAAAAACGACAAUACUAAGAAUGCCGUUUUGCAUGGUGGUGGGAAUAAUAAUACUUCUAGUAGUAGUUUGACUAAUACUACUACUACUACUGGUGGUGGAGAUGUGAUGACUGUUGACUUUUUGGGGAUUGGAUCAAGAUCAGCUAGCAGCAGGCAAGGAAACUUUAUUCACCAUAGUAUGCAGACUACUCUGACUCAGCUUCAGCAACAUGCAGCGUUGAUGGAAAAGCAUGCUUGGGAGGUUUAAGAGGCAGAAUCUUCGUGAUGCUGGAAUAAUAUGUUGCUUUUAUUUAAUUUUUUUUUUUCGAAUUUUGUAUCGAUGUUUAUUGUUAUUAUAGUUCAAUUGGUCCCUUUCA